AACGCAUCCGCAACCGAACCAAAUGCCCCUUUUGCUGACACGAUGCAAUCUCCGAUCCGAAUUCGAGUCGCGAUCGUCGUUCAGUCAAUCGCGAACAGUAAUCCAGUGAGGUUCACUAAAGCUGCUUAAGAGGAUGAAGUUCACCAUUGCAGGCCUGCUAGUGGGCCUGACCCUGAAUGCCCUCGUUUCAUACGAGCCGGCGGAUGCAGCGUUAUGCAUGUGUCAUGUCGCGAGCUGCGUUUUGAUCAACGGCAACAGCUCCAUACUGAAAGACGCCGAGCUGUACUGCCCCGCCAACAUGAAGAACAUCAGCGAUAUCUUGAUCUUGCGCUUCAACGAAACGAUUCUCGGGGAGGAUAUAUUCGCAACCCAUACCAACCUUACUUCGCUGGAGCUGUUGCAAGGAACGAUUCAACAGAUCAAGCCCGGAGCGUUCGAGAAGCUGACGAAUCUGACCAAGCUGGACAUACGCAGGCAAAACUUUAGCACGCUGGAGGACUACACCUUCCGCGGGUUGGGUGCGCUGGAGAUACUCGAUCUGUACUCGAACAAUUUGACAACCAUCGCGCCGUACGCUUUCGAUGGGCUCAAGAGUCUCACGCGCCUGACGCUAUCGGGAAACAAGCUUACCCAGCUGCCAGCGAAGCUUAUCAGCUCUUCACCGAUGCUAAAAGUGAUCUCCCUAAGCUACAACUCGCUCACUCACCUUCCGGACGGAUUCUUCGACAGCAUAGAUUUCCUGCUGCGUCUGGACAUUACGCACAAUCGGCUGGAGUCGUUUAACUUCCCCGACCUGAAGGUAAUGCUGUUGUUCCUGCGCAACAACUCGCUCACCAGUCUCAAUGUAAACGAUCACGUGAAGUUUGUGCAGGCCAACCACAACCAGAUUCGCACGAUCACGGGCACAGGUCGCAAUUUGACCGAGCUGUUGCUGCACGACAACGCCAUCUCCGACGUGACGCCUAUUACGCGCCUGACCAACCUAACCAAGCUGAGCCUCAGCAAUAACCCGCUGCAAUCGGAUAGUGUUUUCGCUUCGCUGGUAAAUCUGCAAGAAUUGCUGCUGAGCAACACCAGCAUCCAAAUCACGGAAAAUACGUUUGCCAACCUCAGCUUGAUUAUGCUACUGGAUCUGUCGUACAACAAUCUGACGGAGCUGGAUUUCAGCAUGUUCGCCGCGAUGAACGAUCUCGAAACGCUGAUCGUUGCGUACAACCACAUACAGAUGAUCAACUUUAUCGAGCUGCGUGAGUAUCUGCCUAAGCUGCGUGUACUUGAAAUCUGCGGCAAUGGCUGGAACUCUACGUACAUGGAGCGUAUGCUGCUGCACAUGCACUACUACCGUCUGAGGGCAGACGUGGAAGGGAUCUCCCAGAUGCUGCUCUUCCAAGCGUUUUACGUCGAUCUGUGCUCGGCGAAAGCGGAAUCAUCCACCAAAGCGUCCGUCGAGGAUGCUGACUACUCGUCGGAAGAUGUUAGCAACAUACUGGAACAGGAGUUUGCCGAGUUCUAUCCCACCUCCUCUCCGGCUUCGAAUGCAGUGGAAGCGGAAGUGGCGAACCCGGUUCCCACGUCCACCACAAUGAAGGACAAUGGCGUGGUGGAACCUACGACUUCGGUUAGUUUGAACACGGUCAGCACCAUGCCCUCGGCGGAUCCGUCCGUGGCACCCGGGGAUCAGCAACCGGUGGUGGGCUCAUCGCCACUCUACGUCACCUUCCAGGUGCUAGUGUACACGUUCUCCGUGUUCGGUGUGGUGUGUCUCGUGGUGCUCGGGUACUAUGUGCGCCAGCGACGCUUCGAUGUGCGCCGUAUAACGCCCGUCGAUUCGAGUGCGGACUCCGUACGGCUAAUGUAGAGGAGCGGAUUUCGGGCAGAUAGCGAGCGAGCGAGUGCGUGCGAAACGAAAAGGUUUUGUUUGUUAUUUGUUUUGGUAGGUUUGGUGCCUUGCGCGAUAAGAUUCUGACAAAUUAAAGCUCGAAACCGACCGUGUGUAACCCAAUUCAAAUCGUUGCUGUUGUGAUCGGGAGCGGUUGUUGUGGAUCUUUAAAGUCAAUAGUAAGUAUAGUGAAUCAGUGAGAAAAGCACAUUUUAGUGGAAUAGUCGGAAAGAAGGUUCAGAUGGGGGAACAACAAGCUUGUCAAUCUAACCUAUCAAUAAAGAUGUGACUAAUGAAUGCAUUUCCUGAAUAAAAGAACGCUUUUUUAUUGUAAA